AUGGCACAAAUCUUUUUCACGGCAGGCUACGGCCAUAAGGUCUCGAGCCAACGGACCUAUCAGGCCGCAGAUCCGAUCAUUGAUUGGAUUUUAGAUUACGUCAAGCCGUUCAUGCACUGCGUAAUGGGAUUCUUGACUGCCUGGAUCUUCCGGAUAGUGGCCGCCCUAGAUAUCCUCUGGGCGAUCCCAGAAACCCGGAUGCUGUUGACGGUUGUCAUGGUAUUGUGGUUCAUCCACCUUGCCAUUAUCGUCAGCGCUCGGGUCAUGGCUUUGUUCAUUCGGAUCUUCCUAGUCUUGUCCACUGUCUUAUUCCUCGCCUGCGCCUGGCACUUCUUUUCAGCCAGUGCUGCCAUGGCACUAGCGGCGGUCCUCCUGUUCAUCCGGUCGAUCGUCAAGCUCAUUUUUGUUCUGUAA